UAUGCCGAUCAAAUCCAUGCUCAGAUCUCAUAUUCUAAUAUACGCACUUUCGAAGAAGUUUUGGAAGAAAAUAUUGUUUAUCUAGUAAUGAGAAUCAAGGUAUUGUGCAAUUUCUAAAGCACAAAAACUACCAAUCACCCUUGCAUGCUGCAGUUUUUUGGCAUGACCAAGCUUCAAAAGCUCACGGAAAAUGAAUUUUCCAAUUUCAAGUACAACUUUAAGAGUUUUGAGGACAUUCACAAAACAAGUAUUGGUGACACUGUGCUUUUAGUUUGUAAAGACUUGGAAAAACACUCAAAGUCUGGGGAGGAGGAGGAAAUCACAAGUUCAGACUGUUUGGUUGUUGCAGAAUCUGGUUUGCAUUUUGAUGCUUCAGAAAACACUCUUAUGAACCCAGGACCUUUGGCUGGAAAUGAGGAGGUUGUCAGGAACGAUGCAGAACCUACUCUUCUCAACAUAGAAGAUAGGGUACUUUUCCACCAAGGAGAUGCCUCUGAAACAUCAGUGGAACUGCUUUCUUUAGAAGACCCUUUGGCAAAUAUAGAUGGAAGGAAUAUGGCACUUUCAAAUAAUGCCAUUGAGGAUAUGCCACAAGAAAGAGUUGAGCCUAUACUUUACACACACUCGGAUGGAGAGGACAAAGCCUUUAUAGAUUAUGAACUUAAACCCCUCCAAAUCGACACUUCUAGGUGCUCUAGGACACCUUUAUUUUUGGGAAGGGUGUUUAAAGGUCGGAAAACUUUCUCUCCAUCUCAUAUGGUCACAAGAAGUAAAGCGAGGCUUCUUACUGAAGGUAGGAAAAAUACUCCUUUGGGCUUGUUAGAUGAAUCUGAUGACUCAGCCAAUUCCUUCGAUAAUGAUAUUAUUCAAGCCUUCAAACUAAGCUGUCCAGUUAAGAAGGAGGCUGCUCCCAAACCCCCCAUCAACCCCUAACACGAAGCCAGAAAAAGAAAGCAAAAAAGAAGGCUAAGAUUGCUAAGUUCAUUUAAAGCUUCUGAAUUCUUCGGGGAUUAAAGGAUAGUGGAAGAUCACGGGAAAAACUUGGGUCCUCUGCUCAGUAAUCCUUGAGGGCAUUAUGGGACCCUUUUCACUGUUUUGUCCUCCAUUGGCUGGAACAUAGCAUGAGGAAGGAUACGGGAAUAAUGAAGACUAUAUAUACUG